GACAGCACUGGCAUGACCAUGAAUCUUCUAGACUCCUCCAUCCUGUAGUGGCGGUCAAACUCUUUUACCACUGCCUCCACCACCAUCAUCAUCAUGGCACCCGAGGACGGCAGUGCCCCACCCCCGAGAAAAGUCCGCUCGGCAUGCCGCCGAUGCCGCCAGAAGCGCGUCAAGUGUGAUGGCGGAAUUCCUGCCUGUAGCAACUGUGCUCGGGCAAAUGUUCCAUGUAUCGACGUCCAUACAGGCAAUAAUGACUUGUCUAUCCCGCGAGACUUUGCGGUGAGGUGCUGCGCUCGCAUCAAAUGGCUCGAACACAACCUGGCCACUCUGUGCCCUGACUUUGACCUGUCGCAGGGCCCAAACGUCAAUGCAAGCUUCAUGGAGACCUUGAAUCUACCACAAGAUGGCUUAGACGCCCGAGACGGAGUUGGAAUAACUCAAGGGAGUCUCUCUGGGCUUCACAACCAGGACGAAAUCCUGGGCGAUGCAGGGACGAAUAAGCGCUCCCUCUCGGUGAUGGAGUCUGAUGCGGACUCCCCGCUGUCUGCCAAGGCACGGUCCGUGGCGAUUGACCUCGGGAUGCUUUCAUUGCAAUCCGACUCGCGCCAGAAGCAUUAUCUUGGGUCUUCCUCAGGAUUACUGUUCGCAAAACUUAUGGGUUUAGAUAACGACAUACGACCGGAGCAAGGCACGAGCCAAGCACGUCGACUCACCCCGCAGAGGAUGUCAGCCGAAAUGUACAGGUCUCUUUAUGAUCAAUUAAGAAAGGAACUUCCAAGUCCCGAAGAAGCAUGCCUUUUGCUAGAGGUUUACUUCCAAAAUGUCCACGUUGAUCAGCCUUUCCUCCAUCCUGCAUCCUUGAUUAACGCAUACCAUGCGUUGUAUUUAUGUGCUCAGGCAGGGUACAAUGAUUCAGUUGACCGCAACGGCUGGAUUGAUUCCGUUGAGGCGUUCGGCUAUAAUGGCCGGAUCGAUAUAGUGGCAGGCUGUAGCAGCACCCCAAUCUCCAUCGCCACCGCCGUCUUCCACAUCUUCAUGAUUUUCUCCCUGUCAGCGACGAUCUUGACUAGGAAGAAAAACUACGACUUCUCCCCCACUCGCUUCCAUCGAAUGGCAAUGACCACAGCAUCGGAAACAUUUUCUUAUAUCUCAGUCACGUCGCUACAAGCCAUAUUAUUGCUGGCUGCACAAAGUCUAAUAGAGCCCGCUGCCGUAAACUUGUGGACAUUGACCCAUAUGGCCAUGUCACACUGUAUCGACUUAGGCCUUCACCGAGAGCCAAGCGAAUCCGACAUACCAAGUGGUGCGAGAGCUAUACUGAGAUUCAUCUUCUAUACGGUUUACUCUCUGGACCGAUCAGUUGCCACCAUUCAAGGUCGCCCACUUGGAAUUCGCGAUGAGGCCUUUGACAUUCGACCCCCCGAGGACUCGGAUAUUGAACAGGUCAUGUCAUUGGCAGGAAGUUGUUUGCUCAUAAAGCUGCCAAUGCCUCAGAUUCUCUCUCUUUCGAUUUUAAGGCUUCGACUGGACCGGCACAUAUCAGAGAUAAAGCUGUUGUUAUACCAUCUCCCGACCCGAAACCAAAGCUUUGUCUGGCCUACUAACCUCCCCGAAAUUCAAACACGAAUCAAGUCUGAGCUUGAUCACUGGCUUCUAAGUGUGCAGAAGAUUGUCCCGGACGACGACGUGACUGAUGAAGAAAAUUUGGAUUUCCAAGUUCAGAAGAUGUGGCUCGAACAACUCUAUCAUUCCGCCAUUUCUCUGCUAUUCCAGCCGUCUCAGAUGUUCCCAUCUCCGAGUCAGGAAGCAUUGACACUCUGUUACCAGAGCUGCUCCAAGCGCUUGCAGAUAUACGAUGCAGUUAGCAACCAGGAAAUGCUCUAUUACAACUGGAGCAACAUCCACGGGAUUUUCUCCUCUGGUGCAACUAUUGUAUACUGUGCUUGGGCUUCACGAGAACUACAACGUACACUACCCUUUGCAAAGCUGCUUCGCGAUUUGCGGACCUGCUCCAAUCAUCUAAGUAUUGGGAGCCAGUGGUGGCCUUCUGUGCGCAGUGGCAAAGAGAGUUUUGAAAUGAUGAUUGAUUUGAUCAUCAAAUAUUUCAGCGACCUACAACUUCAAAUUCAAGAUCUUCACCCAGCCGCUCAGAGGCAUCGACGGCCUAUCAGUUCCCGAACAGAAGAUUCGCAGUUUCCUCCGUCCUAUACUAGCGGAUCAGGCAUGGAAGAAUAUCCGCCAGAACAAGGAAUCGCCCAAGGUCACCCUAGACAAGCUCAGUCCGUCCAACCCCACCAAAACCAACUAUUUCCGAUAUUGAAUGACCCUCAACCAUCAUUCGAAAAUGUGGAUAUAUCUUCAUCAGGAGACGGCUUGCACGACUUCGAUAUGCCGACAAUCGAAGCUGCCAUGGAGAGCUUUAUGGCAGAAUACUUGCAUGAAGACUGGGGUUGGGAUCCUUUUUCCAGUUCCGUGGGCGGUUUUGACCAUCAAGGGCUGGGUCCUGUCUAGACGCUCUGCACAACAAAGACUUACUGGGCCCUUCUGGAAAAUGAUCAUAUUCGCUAUUGGGAGGCAAAUUACAAAUUUUGUACUAUAUCUGCAAUCAAGCUUUCGAAAAUACCCUCUCAACCUGACUAACACUGAGGUACUGAGAAUCCGACAUGAUCGCCGGCUCGUGUUUUAUCGACAAUCAACAUGAUUUUCGUCCAAAUCGGCGCACCAGCCAUGAGCCCUUACUUUCUUAGCUUCUUAAUACAUUCUUCAACGACACUAGGCGGGAUCGCGACAACACCAUCACAAUCACCGAGGAUAUAGUCACCAGGGUUGAUGGCCACUUUCUCAUUGACUUCGGCAUUCUCAUACUCCACCGGAACGUUCAACUCGGACGACCGAGUAAAACUAUUCGAUCCCAAGAUGCUGAUUCCCCGGGCGAAUAAUCCCAUGUUCAAUGCACGGUGCUCUUCAAUAUCUCUGAACCGACCAUCAAUGACCACUCCAGCGGCACCCAGCUUCUGCGCACGAGUGCUCAUCAAACCGCCCCAGCAAGCACUGAUCAGCCCCUUGGGCUGAGAUACGAAGACGACGCUGCCUUUAGGGAUUGCAUCGGCGAAAUGGCGCUCUGGGGUUGGGGAGGAUUUGUCGGCAGCUGGUACCAUGCGGACGGUAUAUGCAGGACCGAAGAUCUUGGACGGUCCACUCAUUCGGUGAGGGCUGUACAUCGAUAGGCCAGACAAGUAUCCGCCAUGUUUGAUUCCGAGUUUCACCAGGGCAUCUCCAAUCUUCAAAAGCCCGCGUCAGUCAUGUUGUGCCGAUGGGUGCAUUUUUUGCAUAGCUUUGUCGUGAAGUUUAGGAGAGCAAGAAGACUUACAUCACAAGACGCGAACUUGCUCAGCGCCUGGACUGCCUUCGCUUUAGCCGCCAUUUUCGAUCGUAUAGAGAUGAUAGAUGAGAGG